AGAGAGAGAGAGAACCGCCGCCCCCCCCCCCCCCCAAAAACUGAGCGAGCGAGCGAGACUGUGGAAGAAGAGGAAAGUAAAGCCAAAGAAUCGGAGAAGCUAUCCCUCUCUCCUUUCAUACAAAAAGAGGGAAAGGGCGUCGCAUUGUCAGUUGCAUUUGCAUUGAAGAAGCAUAGCAUAGCAUAGCAGCAGCAGCAUUGCCUUUCGCUUUCAGGAGCUCUCAUUCUCAACCGAUGCGACUGAGCUCCGAUUCCAAUCUCUGGGCCUGAGCUCUCUUACCAACAACUCCCCACCCCCCUCUUCCUCAUUUCCUAUCAAAUGAAUUUUUUUUUUCAUGAAUGAAUCCCCUUGAUUAUCUGCUUUCCUUCGACAUCUUGAAGUUAUAGAGCUGCCCCUGCCUGCUGAUUCUGCUAGAUUGCUGCCGGAGAAAUCUGACGCCGAACAGUUCCGCCGGAUCAGGUUUGGUUUGGGGUAACUUCUGUAUGUAUGCCUUUAUGAGAUCAGAAAACUGCAGCCAGAGUCUGCAAAUGCUACCUUAGAAACAGACUCACUGAACCACCCCACUUGUCUGAACAUAUUGGCCUUCUGAAAAUGAGUGGGAAUGGGCAAAUGGAGGCACAUUACGUAAACAACGGAUUUCCAUACUCCAACACGGAAAGCUUCAUGGACUUCUUUGAAGGUCUGGCACAUUUUCCUGCAAACGUUGCUAAUUUUGGACCAAUGCAUGAUCAGGAAAGCGCAUACUGGUGCAUGAAUAUGAAUUUGUACAAGUUUGGGACAUCUAGCUAUGGGGGUACCACCUUUUACCCACCCUAUGGGGUAAGUGAUAAUAUUCCAAGAGUGGAUGUCAGCAGGAGAACCUGGGAAUACCCUUCAACCAUUAGCAUAGAAGCACCCACAGCGAUAGAUGCUCAGGCCGUGGACAAUGCAUUGAUGGGUGUAAAUACAAUCGCCGAAGAAUGUAGUCCCAAUCGUCACAAUGCCAAUGCGUUAGAGGAAUGUCUGCCGCCUCCUGAAGCAUCAGUUGUCUGGCAAGACAAUGUUGAUCUGGAUAAUAUGACCUACGAGGAAAUACUUGAUCUGGGUGAAGCAGUUGGCACUCAAAGUCGAGGCCUAAGUGAAGAGCUUAUUAAUCUCCUUCCAACCUCUAAAUAUAAGUUUGCGGACUUCUUUGCUAGAAAGAAGUUUGGGGAGAGGUGCGUGAUAUGCCAGACGAGAUACAAGAUAGGGGACCGUCAGAUGAAGUUGCCAUGUAAACAUGCAUACCACAGCGAAUGCAUUAAGAAAUGGCUAAGCAUCAAUAAGAUAUGCCCAGUAUGCAAUACCGAAGUAUUUGGUGAAGAAUUGAAGCAUGGGCAAGGGAAGUGCUGAAAGCAGUGGAAGAAGUUCCGAUUACUGUCUUUUUUUCUUUUUUUGUUGGAGUCUAAAUUGCAAUCUGUCAACGGCCCCCCUUUUCAAUUGGUUUACCCUUUCCUUAAUUAGUCUUACAGUUCUUAAUUAGGAUUAGGAAAGGAAAAGGAACUUUAUAGUGAUUUCUUUUCACCUGCCUGCCAUAGCCUAUAGGUUUUCUAAUUUAUAGAGUGGAUCUUGUAGUGUAGGUUUUUCCCUUUGGGUUCUUUGUGUAAUAUCUACUCUCCCACCAACUUACUUUUCGCAUCUUAUUGCACGACGAGCUUGUCGGUUUCUGUUGGAGAUGA